GCCGGUAGGCGGCGCUCUUUGCGCGUUGCGGGGAGACUGGUGGUCGUGUGGAUCGGGACCCAGGGCGGGUACCGGGCCAAGAGCAGGAGCAGCCCCGCCCGGCACGGCACGGCACCGCACCGCACCACCAUGCGUGAGGCGCGCCCCGAACUCCGGGGCAAAGGCUGAGCGGCGGAGGGUUUGAAACAGAUGCCUACUUUCAGCAGAUGAUGUUAUAUGAAUAAGAUUGAAACUUUCAAAGUUGCAAAGAAAACCUGGAUAUUGACCAAUUUAUACAUUUGGCAUCAAAAGACCCUUGUGCACAAAACUGUCUUGGUUUUCAUGUUAUUGGCAGACUAUCUUGUGCUACUGUACACUUCAAGUGUUCUAUUUCAGUGAACAACCAAGCUGCAGACUAAUAACUGGAGAAUGUCUUCAAAUGAAACCUCCCGACCUUUGGACCAUAAAAAUCCUCCUGAUGAGAAGCUAUCCAAAGAGAUGAAUGUUCCAGGCCACUUUCAGCUCUUCAAUAGGAAUGAAAAGAUUGUAAUCACAAGAAGUGACAGUUGUGCAGAUGAAAGUGUGUUAAAAAUCACCAUCACUGAGACAAUAGUGAUUGAAUCCAACUCUGGAAUUUGGAGUGUCCGGGCCAUGAUCUACCUCAGUCUCUGGUUCUUUUUCAGCUUCUGCACACUAUUCCUCAACAAAUACAUCCUGACUUUGUUGGAGCGAGAGCCAGGAAUGCUGGGUGCUGUCCAGAUACUUACAACCACUAUCAUCGGCUGUUUCAAAAUGUAUGUCCCCUGUUGUUUAUAUCAGCAUAAACCCCGAAAUGAAUAUCCUCCCAACUUCAUCAUGAUAAUGCUCUUUGUGGGAUUAAUGAGGUUUGCUACUGUAGUUUUGGGCCUGGUAAGUCUGAAGAACGUGGCUGUUUCAUUUGCAGAGACAGUGAAAAGUUCAGCUCCAAUCUUUACCGUCAUUAUGUCUAGACUUAUUCUUGGAGAAUACACAGGUUUAUGGGUUAACUUGUCAUUAAUGCCUAUAAUGGGUGGAUUGGCAUUGUGUACAGUCACAGAAAUCAGCUUUAACAUGCUCGGCUUCUCGGCUGCCCUCUCUACCAAUGUCAUGGAUUGUCUACAGAAUGUGUUCUCCAAGAAGUUGCUCAGUGGAGACAAGUAUAAAUUCUCACCACCAGAACUACAGUUUUUUACCAGUGCUGCCGCAGUGAUAAUGUUAAUUCCAGCAUGGAUUUUCCUCCUGGAUAUUCCAGUCCUAGGAAGACAUGGCCACGAAUUCAGUUUUAAUCAAGAUGUUGUGGUUCUGCUGCUUAUUGAUGGAAUCUUAUUUCACAUUCAGAGUGUGACUGCAUACGCUUUAAUGGGAAAAAUAUCACCGGUUACUUUCAGUGUUGCUAGUACGGUGAAACAUGCCCUUUCAAUUUGGCUUAGCAUCAUCAUCUUCAACAACAAGAUCACCGCGUACUCUGCUUUUGGUACAGCUUUGGUCAUUGUCGGAGUGUUCCUGUACAACCGAGCUCGUCAGUACCAACAGCAGCGGAUCCAAGCUUUGGCAUCUUGCAACAAUAAUGGGCAGGAAGAUCAGCCUCUACUGCCUGAGGAGCUGAAACACUGACUUGUACUCCGCUGGCGAAACGUGUGAUUUUGUAAAACCUGGAAGCACCAAUCUUAAGACUGAUAUGUGUAUGACUGUAUUUCAUUCAGCUAACUAAUGGCUUUCCAUUCACUCUGUUCUUCUUGCUUAUUUUAAAAAUGCAAGUGUUAAUGACCAGCUUAGUUUUUGAACUUUUUAAAAAUGAAUUGUUUUCCAUUAUUUUGAAGAUAUUAAUGAUUUUAUACAUAAAUGUACAUCAAGCACCCUGAAAAAUAUUUGAACUGUAAAGAUGUGUGUAAUUAUGGACACAAUUCCUCAGGGUUUACUCAUUGGAACUGUUUCUCUCACAUGCUGACCUUCAGUGGAUGAAAUGCUUGCAUUAUUAUGGUAUUUCAAGGAUUUUUCCAAGUUGGGUGUUGCCAUCUAGAACUGAGCAUUUUACACGAAACAGUAAUUUCUUGUUUACUAUGUAAAUUUAAAUUUAGGAUGAAAGUUUGAAAUGGUGUAAUGAGAUUAACAUUUAGAAAAUUGUUUUGUGUGCAAGUGCAUAAAAACAUUGGUGGGCUGGUAUUAAAGAUUGCUGCUUUAUGCAGACAGGAAGCUGCUCUAUAGGAUGCUGAUCUUGUACUUACUAUCCCAGGCAAACUGAUAAACUUACUUGAAACUUUACAUAUUGAAACACAAAGAUUCCUCCCAAAUGCACUUUAAAAUUUAAUGUAAACCACUAUUUUCCAAAUCCAUCUCCCUUUUUCACCUUGGAAUAGUUGUGCUUGCUAGAACUGUGCUUGCUUUGACUGAGAGGAAAUGAAUUACAAACAAACAGUAUUGUGGAUUCAAGAUCUGAUCAUUAAAGUUAUUCUUAUGAUGUAUAAGUUUUUACAUCCUGUAUUUCUAGUGCUGGAGACUAGUCUGUGCUAUUAAACUUGCAGAAAACCAAAAUGAUGUUGUUAGAUUUCACACAAUGGUUGUGUUGUAUUUUCAAUUUUAAAAAAUUGAAUGGAAAAGAUCUCCAUUAUUGAUCGUGAUUACAAUUUGUAUGCAAUUAAUUUACAGCUGUCGGUCCUGUGCUUUAAUUGUACUUUUCCCGUGUUUGAUUAAAAUAUCUGUUUCUGAAUAAAGACCGCAUUACAUUAAUUUUGCA